CUGGGCUUAAGGCUCAGGCAGCUCAAAACAUGAAUUAAUUUUUCCUGUGAGGAAUUUAUAGCAUCUGUGUGCUACCUAAUUUUAAAGUUAUCCGUUUUCAUUUAAAACCCCCUGACUUGUGGGCGGCUCAGUGAGGGGGGAAUUAUAGUGUCAGAUGCAGUCUCUUUUUUGGGAGUUUGCAGGCUACCUCUCUGAAAGUAGCAGAUCAGAGGCCAGGGUGACAGGAAUGAAGUAUUGGAAGUGUUUGUCCUUGGGGUCAGGCAGUCCUGGCUUCAGAUCUCACCUCUCCUAGGUGUGUGUUCUGGGGCAAGUCAUUUCCCUUCACAGAGCUUUAGGAAAGGGAAAGGGCAUAGGAAGUCAUCGCGGAGGUUGAAUAAGAUUCCAUGUGUCACCUAGUGUAGCACCUGUCAUGAAAGGAGUGCUGAGUACAUGGUGGCUGUGACUUCUAGGAAUCAGGUCACUUUGGAUUGAGGUACUUUAGAGAGGCCCUGGGGGGAGGGUGAGGCGAUCUAGGUCUUGAAGCUCCGGUGUGGGAUUGACAGUUUGACUUUGCAGGGUGGAAAAGGAAGUAAUGCUCAUUGACAACUGCCCGUGUGCCAACCACUGUGGUUGGCAGUUGAUGUAUAUUGUUUCACUGGAUCCUCAGAGCCAUCAGCCAGAUUUUCAUGCCAGUUAAUGAUGAAGCAGAGGACAAUGGAAGACUGAAGAAUGUCUGCUUCAUACAAAGACUUUGAAACACUUCUCUAGCUGGGAGACAGCAACCCCCAACCAGUGCUAUUUCAUCUGGAAUUCCAAGUUUACAGAGAAUUCACUUCUCAAAAUUUGGCAACACUAUAGGGCAAAGAUGUACCCAUAUUUCCUUCAGUGUGUGCACUUGGUACUUAAAAGACCUGGGUGAAUCCAGUGCACCCAGCACUGAUUUCCAACACAACUCUUCCUUCAACAAAUUCUGUUUCCAAGGAAAGUCUUAACCAUUUGUCCCUCCUGGCGUACCCUCUUCCAUUGAAAUCCAUGCAGAAUAGACCAGAGAUGGGCAGCAGUGAACCUCUCCCCAUUACACAAAGCGACAAGAGGAGGAAGAAGAAGCGGAAGGCCCGAGCGACUGACUCCUUGCCAGGAAAGUUUGAAGAUGUGUACAAGCUGACCUCUGAAUUGCUUGGAGAGGGAGCCUAUGCCAAAGUUCAAGGUGCAGUGAGCCUGCAGAAUGGCAAAGAGUAUGCUGUCAAAAUCAUCGAAAAACAAGCAGGGCACAGCCGGAGCAGGGUAUUUCGAGAGGUGGAGACGCUCUAUCAGUGUCAAGGAAACGAGAACAUUUUGGAGCUGAUUGAGUUCUUUGAAGAUGAUACAAGGUUUUACUUGGUCUUUGAGAAACUGCAAGGAGGCUCCAUCCUAACCCACAUCCAGAAGCGGAAGCACUUCAAUGAACGAGAAGCUAGCCGAGUGGUACGGGAUGUUGCUGCUGCCCUUGACUUCCUGCACACCAAAGGCAUUGCUCACCGUGAUCUGAAGCCAGAAAAUAUAUUAUGUGAAUCUCCAGAAAAGGUGUCUCCAGUGAAAAUCUGUGACUUUGACUUGGGUAGUGAGGUGAAACUGAACAAUUCCUGCACCCCCAUCACCACACCAGAGCUGACUACACCAUGCGGUUCUGCGGAAUACAUGGCCCCCGAGGUGGUGGAGGUUUUCAGGGACGAGGCCACUUUUUAUGACAAGCGCUGUGACCUGUGGAGCCUGGGAGUGGUCCUCUACAUCAUGCUGAGCGGCUACCCCCCCUUCGUGGGCCACUGUGGGGCUGACUGUGGCUGGGACCGGGGAGAGGUCUGCAGGGUGUGCCAGGACAAGCUGUUUGAGAGCAUCCAAGAAGGCAAGUAUGAGUUUCCUGACAAGGACUGGGCACAUAUCUCCAAGGAGGCCAAAGAUCUCAUCUCCAAGCUACUGGUUCGCGAUGCAAAGCAGAGACUGAGUGCUGCCCAAGUUCUGCAGCACCCAUGGGUGCAGGGGCAAGCUCCAGAAAGGGGACUCCCCACGCCGCAAGUCCUCCAGAGAAACAGCAGCACAAUGGACCUGACUCUCUUUGCAGCUGAGGCCAUAGCCCUUAACCGCCAGCUAUCUCAGCACGAGGAGAACGAACUGGCAGAAGAGUCAGAGGCACUGACUGAGGGCUUCUGCUCUGUGAAACUUUCCCCUCCUUCGAAGUCACGCCUGGCCCGCCGGAGAGCCCUGGCCCAGGCAGGCCGCAGCGGAGACACGGCAGGCACCGUGCCCGACACCCCCAGCCCUCUGACACACUCCUUCGCACCUUCCAGGCCCUAGGCCCGUCCAGGCAUUGCCCUUCUGGAAAACUGUGUGGUCAGAGUCUGCAGAGCAAGCAGAAAGACCUGGUCCAUAACACCUUUCAGGCCUUUUUGUCCACAAAGGCCCAGAGACCUUCAGGAAAAGGCUUUUUCCAAAGGGAUUGUCUCUGAAAAGGAAAGCAAUCACUUGUCACUUUGCAUAAUCGCCUGCAGCAGUGUUGUCAGUGCUAGGCUUCUGCCCACCAGCUCGCCUGCCCGUAGAUCCAGAAUGGAGCCUGUGCUCAUGGCAGUGGUGGGCUGCGCCCGCAGCCUUCAGGGAGCUGGGCUGGAGAAGUCCGACAGAGGCCUCUUCCCUCUCUCGUUGCUGUCACACAGCCUGCCCCCCUCCAGUCUUUCCACCUUCCUCUGUCCUCUGGAUGUCCUCCCCCUCUGCCGAGCAAAGCUACCCUCAAUUCAGGGAAGGGCAGGGAGCGUCUGCGUUCCGGAAGCCAGAUCAGUCUUCCAGUCUGUAGCACGGAGAAGCACAUAAUCUUUCUUUGCCGUGACCAGAAUGAAUCCCUCAUUUAUCAUCAUCUUCCUUGUUUGGGAUUGCUGCUAAAGUCAGUAUUACUUCGUUUUGUUUGUUUUUUUUUUUUAAACCAUGCUUUUCCAGUCAAGAUGAGACUUUAAACUCCCACUGCAAGCCCACAGACUUUCCAGAGCAUGUAGGUCACUCUUUCCUGGACUUUCUUGCAUUGGGGUUUUAAUCAGGUCUUCCCUCUUACCCGGAUUUUAAGUUAUUAAGAAGAGAGGCAACUGAGAGGCCAUGUCUGCCAUGUCCCUCAGGUCUGGUGUACAGGGUGGGACCUGCCAGGGGCAGUGCAAGGCCUCUGUGCCAGAUGUGGAGCCAGGUCAGAGGCAGCCUGGCUGCCUGGUCUGAGCAAUGUGGCGCCCGCUACCAGGGAGCCCGAGGGCACAUCCAUGCAGAUUAGCUGCCCUGCCCAGUGGCCUGGAGAAAACUGAUCCACAUAAGUCAGACAGAAGUUCGUGUAACACCGUGAUGCUAGUGUACACUGCGUUUGUUUUAAUAAAACUGUUUUAAAUUCCAGCUUUGGUCUUCCUGGCAGUCCUUUCUUUACCAGCAGAGCUGAGGAGACAGACCUUCCAGAGAGGGGCCAAGACCAGCUGGGCGGGGAGAAGGUGCCCCUGUCAGGACCCUCUAAAUAUAGGACUUCACUGGAUCCAUAAAACAAGGUGAAGGAGACAUCACUGCUUUUCUUUUUUUAGAUGAGGACAUGAAAUUCAUCAAACAUUUAUCAAUCUCCUAUUCUGGGUCAGGGCUCAG